CUUCGCUUCUCGUGGGUCUUGGCUCAGUGUCUAAUGGAGCUCUCUUACCAGACUCUGAAACUCACGCACCAGGCGCGGGAGGCGUGUGCGAUGAGAACAGAAGCACGACGAAAAAAUCUUCUCAUUUUGAUUUUGCAUUACUUAACACAAGAAGGUUACAUGGAUGCAGCUAAUGCUUUGGAGGAGGAGUCUAAACUGGGAUUACGUCGCUUUGAAGUUUGUGACAACGUUGACCUGGAAACGAUUUUGAUGGAAUAUGAGAGCUAUUAUUUUGUAAAGUUCCAAAAGUACCCCAAAAUGAUCAAGAAGGCACCAGACACAGGAGAAAAAAAUUUACCGUCGAGAAGUGGAGGGAAGAGCAGAAGGGUGACAAAUGAUAAUUGUAAAAAUCUCCCCAAGAUAAAUCAGCAGAAGCCACGACCCAAAACUUCAUCAGUGAAGACAGGGGACACCAAAGCUGUCAAGGAGCAUCCUAAACAGGAGAGUGUCAGUGACACUCAACCAGAGAACUCUGAGUUUGGCCUAAACAUAUCAAAAAUUCAUAAAGAUGUCCCAGAGGAAAAGGCCCACCCUCGAAGAGGCCAAAUCAUUGACUUCCGGGAGCUGCUCUCAGAUGCUAUCAAAGGAGCCACUAGUGACUUUGCCUUGAACACCUUUGAAUGUAACCCGGACCCAUCAGAACGCUUGCUGAAACCUCUGAGUGCAUUUAUUGGCAUGAACAGUGAGAUGCGAGAAUUGGCAGCGGUGGUGAGCCGGGACAUUUAUCUCCAUAAUCCCAACAUAAAGUGGAAUGACAUUAUUGGACUGGACGCAGCCAAGCAGUUAGUCAAAGAAGCUGUUGUGUACCCAAUAAGGUACCCACAGCUAUUUACAGGAAUUCUCUCCCCCUGGAAAGGACUGCUGCUUUACGGCCCUCCAGGUACAGGGAAGACUUUACUGGCCAAAGCUGUGGCCACUGAAUGUAAAACGACCUUCUUUAACAUUUCUGCAUCCACCAUUGUCAGCAAGUGGAGAGGAGAUUCAGAAAAACUUGUUCGGGUGCUAUUUGAACUUGCCCGCUAUCAUGCCCCCUCCACGAUCUUCCUGGAUGAACUGGAAUCUGUGAUGAGUCAGAGAGGCAUGGCUCCCGGGGGAGAACACGAGGGAAGUCUUCGGAUGAAGACCGAGUUACUGGUGCAGAUGGAUGGAUUAGCACGCUCAGAGGAUCUUGUGUUUGUCUUAGCAGCCUCUAACCUGCCGUGGGAGCUGGACUGUGCCAUGUUACGGCGCCUGGAGAAGAGGAUUCUGGUUGAUCUCCCUAGCCAAGAGGCUAGGCAGGCCAUGAUCCACCACUGGCUGCCCCCUCUGAGCAACAACCAUGCCCUGGAGCUACACACAGACCUGGAGUAUAGCGUACUGAGCCAGGAGACAGAGGGAUACUCAGGCUCCGACAUUAAGCUGGUCUGCAGGGAGGCAGCCAUGCGGCCUGUGAGAAAGAUCUUCAGUGUGCUUGAAAACUACCAGUCAGACAGCAGCAGUCUGAAUGGAAUCAUGCUGGAUACCGUGACUACAAAGGACUUUCUGGAUGUGUUAGCUCACACCAAGCCUUCAGCAAAAAAUCUGACUGAGAGGUACUUGGCCUGGCAAGAGAAGUUUGAGUCUGUGUAAAGUUGCACCCAGCCUGACCUGGCCAGAGGCAGCCAAGAGCCUCCCUGGUGUGACUGGGAUGGAAAGAAGGACAUUAUCCUUGAACACUGGACUAAUUUAUACAACUGUGUUAUUUUGAAAACAUGAGAUCUUGUGCCAUGGAUGUCAGCAAAGUGAAGAUUUCAGUUAUAAGUGUGUGCUAUUGGGUCAGGCAAUAGAGUUUUUUUUCUCAGAAUUUGACUAAAAAUUUUAAGAAGUU